CUCGUCGAGUCGCGGUCGUGGUGGUCGGCGCCGGGGCCGCGGAGGGACUGCCCCUCCAACGGGGCCCCUGCGAACAGAGGCUCCAAGAACCGUGGUCGCGGAGGUCGAGGUUCCGGUCACGAGAAAUCACGAAACGGCGAUAUCUCCCAUGAUACUCGAGAAACUAAUGAGCGACAAGUGGCGCCCGUCACUGUCACUGCUGGAUCAAAGCCUCUGCCUGCUGCUACCGAUGACGCCGACGACGGAGAAGUGUGCUUUAUCUGUGCCUCCACCGUCGAACAUACGUCUGUUUCGCCAUGCAACCACCGUACCUGUCAUAUCUGUGCAUUGCGACUCCGAGCGCUUUACAAGAACAAGGGAUGCGCGCACUGUCGAACCGAAGCCAGUUUCGUCAUAUUCACCGAUGAUCCAGUCCGAAAGUUCGAGGAUUUCCAAAAGAAAGACUUCGCUCGCACCGAUGACAACUUGGGCAUUCAAUAUGAGAAUGAUGAUAUUUUCGAAGACACCGUAUUACUGUUGCGCUACAACUGUCCGGAUGAGGACUGUGACGUUGCCUGCUUGGGCUGGCCGGACUUGCAUCGGCACGUCAAAAGCAAGCAUGGCAAGGUGAUGUGUGACCUCUGUACUCGAAACAAGAAGGUUUUCACCCACGAACAUACUUUAUUCACGCCGCAAGAACUUCGCAAACAUGAAAGACAUGGAGAUGAUAAGCCUGGCGCGGUUGAUCAGAGUGGCUUUAAGGGUCAUCCGGAAUGUGGAUUCUGUAAACAGCGCUUUUACGGUGAUGAUGAGCUUUAUGCUCAUUGUCGUGACCGUCAUGAGCGCUGCCAUAUUUGUGAUCGCCGCAACUCCAACCGCCAACAACAGUAUUACAUCGAUUACAAUGCUCUGGAGCACCAUUUCCAAAAAGACCAUUUCAUGUGCCAAGACCCAGAGUGUCUGGAGAAAAAGUUCGUGGUGUUUGAUUCAGAAAUGGACCUCAAAGCGCAUCAGCUAGAAUCACACCCCAAUGGCAUUUCCAAGGAUAUCCGUCGAGAUGCUCGGAUGGUAAAUCUGAGAGAGUUUAACAAUAUCCGCAGCCCUUAUCAGCCACAGCAACGCCAACGGCGUGGAGCUGGCCGAGGACGAGACCCGAACGCAGAACCAUUACCACCGUCCAGUGCACAGCCAAUGAGUCGAGCUGAGGUCGCAUAUCAGCGGCAAAUGGCCAUUCAAAGUGCCCAGUCGGUCUCGACCCGUAGCUUUGGUGGCCAGCUCACCCGAGAUGAUACCCAAACAGUUCAAGCUCCAGAACGUUCUGUUGGGUCUACUCCAGUGCAGUCAUCUGCAUCGCGAUCACAACCAUUACCUGUAGCAGAUCUGCAGAACCUCAGCCUUACAGCUGACGCCGGCUCACUCAGCCCACAAGACCAGGCACGACGCUUGCGCCAUACCGCAGUAGUUGAUCGGGCUUCGAAUCUUCUCCGGAAUGAUGCCACGAAGCUUGCAGAAUUCCGCUCUCGGGUCUCUAGUUAUCGAACUUCUUCUAUUACGGCUAUUGAACUUAUUGAUGCCUUCUUUUCUCUGUUCGAUACCUCAAGCGCCGAGCUAGGCAAACUGAUCAAAGAGCUAGCGGAAAUAUACGAGGACGAGGCUAAACGAACAGGCUUGCUCCAGGCUUGGAACGAUUGGCGGGCAAUCAAUGAGGACUAUCCAGCCCUCCCAGGUCCGGGUGGAAUUUUACCAGGCAUGUCACCAAAUACUGUCAACACUGGCGGCAAACGAGUCCUCCGACUCAAGUCAUCAACCGCUCAAUCAUCUCGAUCUGCGGUUGGCAGGAAUGGGCCGUCAUCUUCGAACCCGUUUCCUCCUCUUUCUGCAGCAGGCCCCUCCACCCGUCGUUCCCAGGCUUCUAGUGCUACGCCGUGGGCGGCCGCCGCUCCAUCACCUCUCGUUCGCCCAUCUUUGCCCAGCUCCUCCAGUCGCCCCUCCGCUGCAUCCUCUCCAUCGGCCCGCCCCCCAAUCAGCACUGGCUCGGACGCCUUUCCGGCUCUUCCAGCAGCUGCAAAGCCCAAUGUUCUCAUGGCAGGAAAGACUCGGGGUUAUGUUCGAUGGGACAACAACAAAGCCCCAGCAGCAAAUGCCUGGGGAUCGAAUUCUUCAUCAGGGGUCGCAUCUCCUGCCGAGCCGGCUGAGUUCGAUGAUGACUUGAAUUCCGAUGGCAAAAAGGGCAAGAAGAAAAAGGGAAAGCAAACUCUUUACCAUUUUGGUUGA